AGAUUCUAGAAGACGACCUGAAGGCUGUCGUUAAGCCUCAGUACGUGGAUCAACUCCCCCGAGCUGUCAAGACACCCAAUAAGUCUGUCAAAUUCCUGCUCGAGCACAGGGCAGCCAAAGACAACAUGGAUGAGGCGCUCGACACCCUGGAGCUUCGUCAUAUUCUCGACCGUGACGUCAACCUUCUAUCGGGUGGAGAGCUGCAGAGGUUUGCCAUCGGCACAGUUUGUGUCCAGAAAGCGGACGUCUAUAUGUUCGACGAGCCAUCGUCGUAUCUUGACGUCAAGCAGCGUUUGUCUGCGGCUCGUAUGAUCCGCUCUCUCCUGAGUCCGGAGAAUUACGUCAUCGUUGUCGAACAUGACUUGUCUGUUCUCGACUACCUUUCCGACUAUAUUUGCGUUCUUUACGGCAAACCCGCCGUCUACGGCGUGGUGACUCUCCCCCACUCGGUUCGCGAAGGCAUCAACAUCUUCCUCGAUGGUCAUAUCCCUACCGAGAAUCUUCGGUUCCGUGAGGAAUCUCUAACCUUCCGUAUCUCCGAGGGUGCCGACGAUUUCCAGGCUGAUAAGGCGAGGGCCUUCGCCUACCCCAAGAUGGAGAAGGCUCUAGUUAUGAUGGGUGAGAACGGCACUGGGAAGACGACUUUCUGUAGGCUUCUAGCCGGCGCGCUCAAGCCCGAUAGCGCCAACAAAGUCCCUGAAAUGAGGAUCAGCCUGAAGCCCCAGACCAUCACUCCCAAAUUUGAGGGCACCGUCCGUCAAUUAUUCUUCAAGCGAAUCAAGCAGGCCUUCCUCUCUCCGCAAUUCCAAACAGAUGUUGUUAAACCGCUCAAGUUGGACGAUUUUAUCGAUCAGGAGGUCAAAAACUUGUCAGGCGGUGAACUGCAGCGUGUGGCUAUCGUCAUGGCCCUCGGCUUACCAGCUGAUAUCUAUCUGAUCGAUGAGCCGUCGGCUUACUUAGACUCGGAGCAACGUAUUAUUGCUGCGCGUGUCAUCAAGCGUUUUAUCAUGCAUGCCAAGAAGACGGCGUUCAUCGUAGAACACGAUUUCAUCAUGGCUACAUACCUGGCUGACCGUGUCAUUGUCUUCGACGGAAAGCCGGGUAUCGAUGCCCACGCGAACAAGCCCGAGUCUCUCCUCACCGGCUGCAACAGCUUCUUGAAGAACUUGGACGUCACCUUCCGACGAGACCCGACGAACUACAGGCCCCGUAUUAACAAGCUCAACAGUCAGUUAGACCAAGAACAGAAACUGAGCGGAAAUUACUUUUUCUUGGAGGAAGACAGCUCCUGAACCGGGCACCCCACGUGAUAAGGGUCGUAACGACGUCCCUGAGGGUUAUCAACGCGCCCCGCUAGCACCGGACACUGAGGUCCUAAGCGCGCAAACGCCUUACUCCUCUCGAAAGGGAGGCGGGAGCCCCCGCGAAUCGUCCGGCGUCGACGCGGAUGGCGGGGAGGACAGCGAAGAGCCAGACGAUUAGCCGCGGCGACGGCAGUCUAUCCCCUGUUUACCCCCGGUCUUGCGGAUCCCGGAACCUUGCAAAGAGAAUGCGGAUUUCAAGGUGUCGCGUCGCCGCUGAAGAUCGAGGGGUGGAUGGGCCAAGUGGGUGACUGCCGUCCUUACCGUCGUCCAGCGACAGCAGGACGUACGUCGUUGGUACGUAUAGCUUUGCAGCAAGGCCGUAGAGAGUAGGAGAUUCGGCUCGAAGUAGCUAGGUAGCUAGCCCGCGGUUCUCCCCUGGCAUUGUUGCGCGAGGGCGACGGCAGCAUUAUAUCGUGGACGCAUUUGUCAGAACCUACGCCAUGUUUACAAUCGCGAACGAGAUGCAGUCUAGACCUCGACCUUCAAUGCGUAACUAGGUACACAAUCAAUAUUAGGCAGAGAGGCGGGCCAAUUGACCAUAAGUCCACACGUGUUCGAGCAGCGAG